CUGCGUCAAAUAUGGCAGUUGAAAGAACGUAGAAUGUACCGAUAACGAACUAUCAAUUAGAUGUGCCAACGAAUGUAACCAAUUUCAUCAUAUCACGCUGUACUAAUUCAGAUCACUAAAUAACUGCUAUCAGAUAAACAAUGUACAAUGACAUAAAUGCACAAAUCAGGUAAACAAUGUAUGAUGUCAUCAAUUCCGAUGUUUGCCUCUAUAACCAUUUAGCGCUUCUUCAUGUAACAAAUAAUUCAACAAACACGUAGGUGGGAUAGGGAGAGUUUUUUAAUGAACAGAAUUUCUGUGAUAUAUAAUUUUGACUUUUCUUUUUCCAUGGAUUGGAUCAUCAAUAUAUGUAGCGUUAUCAAUGGUUUCUUUUAAAUUCAUUCAGGCCUGCUCAAAUGUUCUUCAUAAACAAUGCAUAAAAUGACUUUUAAGAUAAAUGACAAUCGUUCUGAUAAAACCAUAUGACAAUACCAUAUGGAUAUGAAAUGAUAGUUCUUUUGAUAUAAUGAUAAUUAUUUGCUAAUGAUCUGAAAAAUACGAUCAAACCAGGUAGCAAAAAGUUAGAGAAAAUAAACAUUGACCGUUUGCAUAUAUGUCUAGAAAUAAUGGCAUCAUAAAUCAAAAGUCUGUACAUUGACGUCAGUUAUUUAAAAUUUUAGUUUUUAUUUGAUACGAAAGAAAGCUCUGUAAGGAGGCGUGACUACAGAAUUGGAUUAUAUUUCCAACAACUGCAAGGUAUACCUGAUCAGGGAAAUAUCUCGUUCUGUCUACUUCGUUGUUAGAUAAUUUCAACUCUCAUCAUGUUCCGAUACCUUCUGGUUUUCUCGUUGGUCUUUUUAUUGAUUACGGAGGACGUAUGCGCUUGGGGAAGAUUAAGAAGAAUCUGGAGAAGAAUUAAAAGGGGGGUUAAAAAGGUGACAGAAGUCAUAGCUACUGCUAAAACUGUCUCGACUAUCGCUAAAGCAGCUGCGGUAACUUUAGGCAAAAGAUCCACAGAUGAUGACGUGCUCAAAUUGGACAUCUGUCAAUUUUCAUCUUUUGAUUUGGACAAUGACGACAACAUUAGCGACUCAGAAAUAUCCAUCCUUAUUGAAAUGACUGGGAUGAUGGAUCUUGAUGAAUUCUUUGAACAACUUGAUAUAAACAAAGAUGACAAAGUCACAAUUGAGGAGCACACCAAUUCCAGACUUAUCAAGGAGGCAUGUUCAUGAUGUGAAUUGUUUCAAUCCGUGCAUAAAUCUUGUUGAUGUUCGUUUCUUUAAUGCAUUUGAUAGACUGUUUAAACUUAACUUUUGAAUAAACAAAUUUAUUUUUCA